AUGGAAUUUUUGCUCCUUCACUACCCAUUUACUUUUCUCUUCAUCACGUUUCUAGUCCUUUACCAGGUGAAUCCUGCUUUCAGAUACUUCUGCAAGAUGACCUUCUAUAAGUUGUGGCUCUUCACCGUAAGCAUUCUGGUUAUUAUGCUGUGUAUUCCUCGCGGACGUAAUGUGGAAAACAUGAAGUAUUUGUGCAUGUCAUUGUGGCCUCUCAAAUACAUCUUUGGGAUGAAGAUAGUGGUGAAGGGCAAGGAGAACCUCAGGACUAAGAAACCUUUUGUCCUCGUGAUGAAUCACCAGACCUCCCUUGACAUUAUGGUGAUGAUGGAGAUGUUACCAAGUCGCUGUGUGCCUAUUGCAAAGAAGGAAAUCCUAUACAUGGGCACUUUUGGACUGGCAUGUUGGCUUUCAGGACUCAUCUUCAUUGACCGCAAGAAGAGGGAAGAGUCUAUCACUACCUUGACAGAGGUGGCACACUCCCUGCACAAAGAAAAUUUCCGCGUCUUGAUCUUCCCUGAAGGAACUCGCAAUCAUGGUGGCUCCAUGUUGCCCUUCAAACGUGGAGCCUUCCAACUGGCUGUGAAAGCCCAGGUCCCCAUUAUUCCUGUGGUGAUCUCAUCCUACCAGGACUUCUACAACCAGAAGGAGAAGAGAUUUACACCAGGGAAAAGCAUCAUCCAGAUCCUGCCAGAAGUGGAGACCUUCGGCCUGGGCCCAGACGAUGUUCCCAAGCUCACUGAGCAAGUCCGUGACUCCAUGCUCACUGCCUAUCAGGGGAUAUCAGGAAUGACGAAUGGGGCUUCCCAUUAG